GCUGGUCAGCUCCACUCACUCGCGCACGCACAGGAGAGCACGACGGCCGACGCUCGAAUCGUCGGGAUGAGGCAGCUGAUCCGGCGGCUGUCACGCGUGGGUGACGACUCCUCCUCGCCCCCCGCGUCGCCGUCGUCGAAGCGGCGGGGCGGGGGCGGGGGCGGGAGGGCGGUGGUGCCGGAGGGGCACGUGCCGGUGCACGUCGGGGACGGGAGCGAGGCGGAGCGGUUCCUGGUGCGGGCGGAGCUGCUGGGGCGGCCGGCGCUGGCGGAGCUUCUCGGCCGCGCGGCGCAGGAGUACGGGUACGACCACCAGGGCCCGCUCCGCAUCCCCUGCUGCUCCCCCGCCGCCUUCCGCCGCGCGCUCGCCGACGUCGCCGCCGACUGCUGCUAGUAGCUACCGCGCCAUGCAGCUGACCGGAGACCUCGGCCUGAACCCAGCCCAGGCACGGCCCGCCUGGAAGAUGAUUAUUAGCUUUGGGUUUGGCCUUUUUUUUUUCUUCUUCCUUUUCCGUUAUUAUCGUUCGGUGUAAUGUACCACCUGAAACGACGGGUAGUGUACUACGUAGAGUACCAGUAGUUGUACUCUACAGAACUGGAAGGCUACUGGUUUAUGAUGAAGCACUCUGUAGUUCUUCUCAAAAAAACAAAAAUCACUCUGCAGUUUCCCUUCAAA